UAAGGUGUGCUCGUAUUACGGACACAUUUUCGUCUGUUCUGCGCAUCGUGACAAAAAUCGUCCAUUUUGAACUCAUACUAACAGAUUCUUGUGUCGGUGUGUUUCCGUGAGUUAGUACACAGUCAGAAGUGCAAAAUUUGUAAAUAAUGCCGUCGUGUUCAAUAAAAAAUUGUAAAAACAACACGCGAAACGCAAAAAACCGAAACAUUACUUUCUUGGGAUUUCCGAGGAAGACGGAAAUGAUAGAAAAGUGGAAAGUUUUCUGCAAAGAGAACAUUAACCCUACUUCUGCUCGAGUUUGUUCAGAACAUUUUCUACCUGGUCAAUUCCAAGAUAAGACAUGGCUUAAAAAUUUAGUAGGAGACUCGGGAAGAGUCUCAAAAAAACUACUUCCUGAUGCGGUUCCAAUGGCAUCGAUAGUAGAUCAUAGUGUCAACACAGAAUCGAGAACAGAUGAUACACAGAGAAAUGUGACAAGCACUGAUCAUGGCACAAAUCGGGAUCAGCCUUGCGAGUCGAAUUUCGUACAGCUAGUUGCUGUCGCAAGCAACGAUGAAAAUUUGUCACAUUCUAUGACAGUAAGAACAUCGACUUGUACAAAGAAUGAACGAAUUGAUUGCACUUCUAUGCAGGCAGAGAGUGCAGCAUGUAACUCUGUUUUGUCCAACACAGUAACUCCAAGCACGUCUAGGUCAACAAGGAAGAGUAAAAAGGAAGGUCAAUGCGUGGCACAGGAAAGCGAUGCGAUGCUUCUGUUGAAAAAAGAAAACAGAAAACUUAAAAAAGCACUUGCUGCUUCAGUUUCUGAGACGAAGUUACUAAAACGUCGAUUGGCAACAAUUAAUAAGCGACAAAAAAAACAACUGCAGCAAAACGUUGCAAAAAAAGUUAAAAACAUGCUUAGUCCCUUCUUUACGCCGGCUCAAAUAAGAAUGUACAUGAACCCGAAACAGCAGAAAACCCGCUGGUCUCAAGAAGAUAUCGCCGCAGCAAUAUCAUUCAAGAGCGUCAGUCCAAAAGCAUAUAGAUAUAUUAGGAAGUUGAAGCAGAUUCCCUUGCCUGCACCGUCCACUCUUCGCAAGUGGAUUACUGAUUUUAACAUCAACGAAGGCAUUCUGACUGACGUUUUGUCCAUAAUGAAAGCGAAAAGUAGCAGCAUGACGCCAAUGGAGAGAGCAACAGUAAUUUGUUUUGAUGAGAUUUAUUUAACAAAUCAAAUGCAAAUUGAAAGAAAAACUGAACGUGUCGUUGGUCCUCACAAAAGGUGUCAAGUGCUUAUUGCACGCGGAAUAUUUAAAAAGUGGAAACAGCCCGGCCGUUUAUUACGGGUUUGACCAGGAUGUAACGA